GGAAAAAAAAAAAUUCCAUGCUCUUCGCAAGGAUACAUAUGAGUUGGCUGCGGCCUCGCACUUGAACUGAGACAAUAGGAAAUUACAAAGAAGCCAUCGUCCAUUUGUGUGCAAGAACCAAGAGUCUUCCUCUUCGAAAAAGUCAGCCUUCUCAAACAGUAAUCAAUAAUCACGUCAUAAUAGGCAACAGUAUCAUCGGUCACCGUCGCUGCCACCGUCGCUGGCGGUUUCUAAUAUAUCCAUGGACGAUUUCGAUUACCUCCCAAUCCCUCCCCUCGAUCCUUUGUUCCUCUCUGCACAAGAUUCCUCAACCACAACCAUUAUUGCGGGAGAAAACUUCGUCUCAGAUUUACCCUUAUCCCUUGACGAUAAUUACGAUUUUGACAUCACCUUCGACGAUCUCGAUAGCUUCUACUUUCCUUCCGAGAACGAGCACUUCUUUAUCCCCAACCCUGACGUGGAUGUCAGCCCCCUUGAUGUUUCUCGGCAUUCGGGUUCUCCCGAUUAUCUUAGUGCUGAUUUCACUGCUCAUCAGGCGAAUCCUAGUUCGCUGGAGUCGGGGAACUCUGGAAUUUGUAUCAAUGAUGGUUCUGAUGUUGCUAAGUCUCUGAAUUGCUCGCUUUCGGAGUCUAUUUGUUGUAAUUCGAAUGAUCUAUGUUCUAAUUCUGCUAGUGUAUUGAAUUUUCCUUCUCCAGUGUCCUCUAAUGGCUUCGGGAAUGAUUUGUCGGGUGUAUCUGAAGCAAUGAACGUGCCUUCUCCUGAUUCGGGUGCUUUUGUGGUUGACCAGAAGAUCAAACUGGAAGAAGUAAAUGCCAAAAAUGGCAGCUUGCAAAAGAGGAAGAAAGAGACCGCCAGCGAGGAGGUUAAUGGCGAAACAGGCAAUCAGAAGAACCUGAUGUCAGAGAAUGCCGACCCAACUACGAAAGCAAAUAAUGCAAAUUCUCAGUGUGAUAGUUUACUUGAAUUGAAUCAAGCAGAGAAGAAAAAGAGGGCAAGGCUGAUGAGAAACCGAGAGAGCGCGCAUCUUUCGAGGCAGAGAAAGAAGCAUUACGUGGAGGAGUUGGAAGACAAGGUGAGAACAAUGCAUUCAACCAUUGCUGAAUUAAAUAGUAAGAUCUCUUUUUUCAUGGCUGAAAAUGCGAGUUUGAAGCAGCAAUUGAGUGGCAAUGGUAUGUGCCUGCCUCCUAUGUAUCCACCAAUGACGCCCAUGCCAUAUCCAUGGGUGCAGUGUGCCCCUUAUGUUGUUAAGCCGCAAGGGUCUCAGGUGCCAUUGGUUCCAAUUCCUAGAUUGAAAACACAGCAACCUGUAUCAUCUGGGAAAGCUAAAAAGGCUGAGGGCAAGAAAGCUGGGGGUAAAACUAAGAAGGUUGCUAGUGUUAGUUUUUUGGGUUUGUUGUUCUUUGUUUUGCUGUUUGGUGGAUUGGUGCCAAUUUUGAAUGUCAAGUUUGGAGGAAUAAAGGGGAAUAGUGCUAAUGGGUUCGGCUGUGUUAGUGAGAAAUUCUAUUAUCAGCAGAACGGCAGAGUCUUUGGAGGUCAUGGGCAUUCAAAUGGGUCUCAUGAGAACAUAGGUGUUGUGUUUUCUAAUGGGAAUUUUCAUGUCAAUAGUAGAAUACCGUGUGGUAGAGGAAGUGAUGGAUGUAUGGCAUAUGAUGCUGACAUAAAAGGAGGAUUGAAGCAUUUACCAGACUCAGACAAAUUUGUUAGACUUGCUAAUACUAGUAAUAAACCACUCGCUGCAUCUUUGUUUGUGCCAAGGAAUGAUGAGCUUGUCAAGAUCGAUGGUAACUUGAUAAUUCAUUCUGUUCUGGCCAGUGAGAGAGCCAUGGCCUCUCGUGAAGAUCCUGUAGUGAAUAAAAGUAAGGAAACGGGUUUGGCAAUCCCCAGAGGAUUGUUUCCAGGGCCUGCUUUGCCUGAUAUUGGAACCAAUAGAGGGAGCCAUUCUCACUUAUAUCGGACUGGUAAUGAACUGCAGAAGGCCCUUGCAUCUGGGUCUUCUGACACUCUAAAGGACCACCUGAAGUCGACUGCAGUUGAUGGUAAAGUGCAGCAGUGGUUCCAUGAAGGCCAUGCUGGGCCAAUGUUGAGUUCCGGCAUGUGCAAUGAAGUGCUCCAGUUUGAUACCUCACCAGCUCCAGGAGCUAUUCUUUCUGCUUCGUCAGCUACCAAUAUUACUGCAGAGCGUGAGCAGAAUGCUACAAAGCACAUCAAUGGGAAAAAUAGAAGAAUUCUCCAUAGUCUAACAAUUCCGCUCACAGGACCUGACAUGAAUAUCACUGGGGAACAUAUAGGAAGUGCUCAGAAAGAUAACUUCCAAGGUAAUAAAACAGCCUCCCCCAUGGUCGUCUCUGUGCUCAUAGAUCCCAGAGAGGCUGGCUACAGCGAGGUUGAUGGUGUGAUCUCACCGAAAUCCAUUUCUCGGAUUUUUGUUGUUGUGCUUUUGGACAGUGUGAAGUAUGUUACUUAUUCAUGUGUGCUUCCUCGCACCGGUCCUCAUUUAGUGACAACCUGAGAGGAUAGAGAACAGUUGGAAUCAUGGGUUGAAAACUCUACCCAACUCCAGCUCCUAGUUUUGUAUAUGCAGAAUAUUUAGCAGCUCCAGUAUCAACAUCCUAAUGUACUUUCAACUAUCCUAGCCAUCCGAAUUAACCUUAACAAAAUUUAAUGUUAUUAAUAUAUCUUGGAUUUGGAAUGGAAAUCUGUUACAUAAUAUUCACAUUGAACUUUGGAAUUGGACAUGAUCUUUGAUUGGUAUUAAAGAAAUGAAGGUGUGUGCUUUUCU